CAUAACCUUCAGGCCACGUGGGUGUUAUUCUUGAAACCGGCUCCGCAAGCAGGGAGUUCAAGGAGACUCGGACGCGCGCGGUGGGAAGAAGUCCCGGGAGGAGAGCGAGUGCGUUAGACCCAAGGAUCAAGAUGCCCCGGGGGAGCAGGAGUGUGGGGUCUCGGACGACUGCGGCUAGCAGCCCAGUACCGUCUCAUGCCCACCCCCCGGCACACCCUCCCCCUUCAGCUGUGGCAGCCCCGGCUCAGCCUCAGCAGCCCGGCUUGAUGGCCCAGAUGGCCACCACUGCAGCAGGAGUGGCCGUUGGCUCUGCUGUGGGCCACGUGGUUGGCGGUGCUCUCACCGGGGCAUUCAGUGGAGGCAGCAGCUCCGAGCCGGCAAAACCAGCCAGCACCACACAGGAGCCCAGGCAGCAGCCGUCCUAUCAGCAAUCCCAGUAUGGACCAUGCCACUAUGAGAUGAAGCAGUUCCUGGACUGUGCUACCAACCAGAGUGACCUGACCUUGUGCGAGGGCUUUAGCGAGGCCCUGAAACAGUGCAAAUACAGCAGUGGGGUUACUUCCCUCUUGUGAAGAGACUUCCCACACUAGUGCAUCAAAAUAACAUCCUGGAGAAGAUCUGUCGAAACCCAAGAGCUAGUGAGCAGUGGACAAGAAGCACAAAAAGAUCCAACCAGAUCGCUAAAACUUUUUAGUACAGUUCUGAGUUGUAACUUAGCCAGCCAAGAGAAUUCUGGUUGAGUUCUUACAGUGGAGCUUUUAAGAUGUGGCUUGUAGUAGAGAAAUGUGAAAUAAAAAG